GGAGACAGAAGCGUUCAGUCCGCUAUUUGAAAGUGCAGUGUACAGUGUUUUGUGUUAUAUUAUGGACAGACUAACAUAACAUCAGGAAGUAAAUGCUCGCUGAAGAUCAAAACCACGGUGUCAUAAGAACAAUAUUCAAGUCAAUAUUAGACAUUAUUAUUUUGUAUUUUAAAUUUGUAACAUACGCAGUUGUAAUAUAUUUAUUAUUUUAUUACUUUGACUAUUAUUUUGGCUAGUGAAUGUUAUGUGAAGUGGUUGUGUAGUGACACCCGUUUGUUCUAGGAACGCGAUUAUUGAUUAAGAUGAAACGGUCGCGGCACAGAUGGCUGGGAAUCAGUUUAUUUUGUGUUACACUUGCCGUCCUUUCAACUCUUGAGACUGCAUCAGCCGUGAGGGCCACUAGUCUAAUCUUCUCCAAGACAUCCACCACCACAGCAGCACCUGAGGAGGAAAUUUCAGGGCCUGAAGAUGAGGCACAGUUGGAAGGGACAGCGGAAGGCGCCGAACCGAACACCACGUCAAAAUACACAGGAAUCCCCCAAAUAGACUACAUUUAUGACCCCAACUUGCCCCGGGAGCUCAAUGGGUACAACUUGUCAGAGUACCCAUUCUACGAGGCCGUACCGCCACCAGAGACGAUGGACUUUAAAUGCGAUGGACUGCAUGAUGGAUUCUACGCGUCAAUACCACAUAAGUGCCAGGUAUAUCACCACUGCCUCUUUGGCACCAGGUACGACUUCCUGUGCGCGAAUUAUACAGCCUUCGAUCAGAAAACAUUUAUAUGUCAAUUUGUAUCCGAAGUAGAUUGCAAGAAUUCGGCUAAUUACUUUCACAGAAACGAAGCUUUGUAUAAAGCAGCGAGCACAGAGCCACCCCCACCGCCCCCAACGACUACUACUACUACCACCACUACUACAAGACCACCCCGGCCACCGCGCCGCAGGCCCCGACCUCGUUAUGACUAUUACGAUGAUGAUUACUACUAUCCAAGAGAUAGAGAUGAAUAUGAUUACGAUGAGAGAGGUGGAAGAAGAUCGAGACCACGGGGAAGACCAGGAAAGAGACGGCCCCAUGAUGAAUAUGAGGAUGACAGAUACGAAACACGUUCACGGCCGAGAGAUGAAAUGGAAGAUGAAUACGACGACAGAAGACCGUAUGAAAGAUCACGGCCAGGUAAAAGAUAUCCUGAAAAUAGAAGACCACAAGAUGAAGAAGAAAAGCGUCCUUACAAUGGAGGGAGAAGAUCCAGGCCUCGUGAUGAUGAAGAGGAAAGAUAUAGACCAUCUGGUCCUGAAGAGACUAGACCAAGAGCAAGACCAAAAACAAGACCCAGGGAUGAUUUAAGACCGAGACCUACUAGCAUAAGAAGUGAUAAGCCGGAGAAGGAAAUUGUUCGAGAACAAGAAGAAGUGUCAAGAGAUGAAUUGAUGCCAAGAGAUGAGUUUACAGCGCAGGAGGACAUAAAACCCAUUGAUGACAGUAGAACUCGUGGUGAAACAAGGUACAGAGAUGAAGUUAGAUCCCGGGAUGAGUCAAGACCUAGGAGUGAAUUUAGAUCAAGAGAUGAAUUAAGGCCUAGGGAUGAUACACGUCCCAAAUAUCAAAUCAGAUCUAGGGAUGAUGCGAGGAAUAAAAGUCCCAGGGAUGAAGUAAUCACAAAAAAUGAUAAUAAGCCAAGAGAUGACCGUGAUCGCGAUGAUUUUACAUUUAGAGAUGAAAUCCGUCCGAGGGACAAAAGGCCGAGAGAUGAAAUAAGAAAUGUAGACGAUCGGAGACCAGCAAGAGAUGAAGAAGAGGAUAUUAAGCCUCGGGAAAAGCCAGCAACUGAAGGUAAUCGUUUAUACGAGAGACCCAACAGAAAUAGGGAUGAGAGACCUUAUUCAAAACCAAAAAGAUAUUAUGAUAAUGAUGAAACUAUCGAAGAAGAAAAGCAAAUUGCACCAACGGCUCCUGAAGACAAGCCGUUAGUUAAACCCAUUGGGCAUGGUCUUUUCAGUAAGCCACGCCUUCCACCAAAAAUUAAAAGACCGGUUCCAUUAAGUGAAAAAGAAAAAUAUGAGUAUGUACCAGUAGCAACAACAAAAUCCACCCCAAAAGAUGAAGAGUAUUAUGAUGAAUACGAGGAUGAAGAAGAAAGUAAGCCUUCAUCAUCAGCUAAGACUAGUACAAUCCAACAGCGGCCAAAGCCAGAACCAAUUGAAAGAGAAAAAUUCAAACCCUCCCGAUCAGUUACAGGUCCUGGCAGUUUAAAAGUUAACAAACCUAAACGUCCCAUUGAUUACGAAGAUGAUGAGUAUUACUACGAACCUCCUAAAAAACAAAUCAAAACCUCACAAUCGUAUACGCAAAGAGAUAGACCUUCAAAACACAAAGAAGAAGAAUACGACGCUUAUGAAGAUGUAGCUGAAAAAUCACCAGAGAAACCUUCAAGAUUUGAUGAAGAUAUAGAAACUCAAGUGAAGGACGUAAAGUCUAAUACUAAAGUCAUAAAACGUCCUUUUUUACCGUCUAGGGGUGGUAGUCCCUACCUACCACGCGGAUUACAACCAGUAGGUGGGAAAAAUUUAAAUUCACCACUCAAUACCACCCCUAAACCAACUUCCACUUCAACAGAACCCACGACCACUACCUCUACUACGACAACAACUACAACUACCACCACAACAACUGAAAAACCCACAACUAGAGCUCCAACAACUCAACCAACAACGACUGAAAUCCUUACAACACCACCAGUUGUCACAGAAAAACCCACAACAGAGAGCCCUCUAGAAGAAGAAUACGAAUAUUAUGAUGAAGAAGAAAUAGAAUAUGAGAACACAGAUAAAAAUCCUGUAGCAACACAGAAAACAAAAACUGAACAAACAACAACAACAGAGGCUAAUAAAGCUAAGGCACUUGCCACAAAAGUACGUAGCAAAUUCAAUGAGAACUACGAAGCUAUAAGGGAACAAUUGGAAUCAACUUUAAAACCAGGAGAUUACCUUAAGCCAUAUUUAGAAGCCGAAGGUAUCGAGAUUGAAACCAAGUCGGAAAUAAAACCUGAGAUAUCUAAACCUUACACAGCAACUGGGAAACCGUUGCGAAUUCCAGAUGUACCUAUAAAGCAGAAUCUUGCUGAUUCAAUAGAGAGCGAAUAUGAUGAAACAUAUAACGAAGCAUUAGCACCUAAUCUACCUAAUUUAAGAGUACCAAGUGGAUUUGUCGUACCAACAGAUAGAGAUUAUCAACUGGCAAGAUACAGAAGUAACUUAGCCGAACCAGUCUUCUCAGCGUCGGAGUUGGCUAAGUUACAAGUGAGAAAACGCCCGCAAAUUUCUGGAGUCAGUUUAAGAACUCCAUCUUCAUAUUUUCUUAAGCCAAAAUCAUAUAAAGAAACGGUUCGACCUGCAAGACAAAUUGUUUAUAGAAAAAUAGGUAACUUUUUUUAAAAAUACAUGAUGGUAACCUUUGAAAGAUUGAGUUGUUACAUCUAUCAUAGAUAUAAUCUGAUAAAUAAUGAUUAGAGGAAAUAUUUACUUUUUGAUGAACAGAAUCAAAAUAAAACAAGAAACAAAUUUAAAAAAUAUUUAAUUCCACUUAAGUUUGUAAAAUACAAGCAUAAACACAAAAUUUUCUUAAAUUGUAAUGAAGACUGCACUUUUACGGAUACGUAUUUGUGGAAGGCCAUUUCUCUAUAGAAUGUAGUGCAGUAAUAUUACAGAAUCGUUCAUAACGCCUCAAAAUGCUAUGAUCCCUUAACGCAUUUGGAAGAUAUAGGAGUCCUCUUAUUUAUAAAACGAUCACUGCCAAUUAAUAAACUCUAGGAUAUUAUGUAUAUAUUUAGUAAUAUAGGAUUUUUUUCUUUUUCAAGGGUUGCCCAUUUAGUAAAAAUAUCAUAAGAAUAAUAAAAUUGUAAUGUACCUUGAUAAAUUUACAAUUUUACUACAAAGUACUGAACUUUUGGUAUCUUAUAAAUUCAACCCUGUAAGUAUAUUUUGUAAUAAAUGUGUAUUUAUAAGAUUUGUAAUAUAAUAAAAAAGUGGAAAAAUUUAA